AUGGUCGAGGACAAGUAUAUAGGGCUUGCCCUUUCAAUAUCAAGCUCGAUAGCCAUCGGGAGCAGUUUCAUCAUCACAAAAAAGGUGCCCCAGACCCCCCCUGUUAUCACAAUAACCAACCCUGGGGGCUUGAACGAAGCUGGGGAUCGGUCUGGAUAUGGAACUCAAGCGACGGAUAACUUGUCGUAUUUCAAAAGCCCAAUGUGGUGGGCUGGAAUGACUACUCUGGUGAUUGGAGAAAUCGCCAACUUUGCUGCGUACAUCUUCGCCCCACCAAUUCUCGUAACACCGUUGGGAGCGCUGAGUGUGAUCAUUGGUGCUGUUCUGGCCUCAUUUCUUCUAAAUGAACAUCUAGGCCAUCUAGGCCGAGUGGGGUGCACCCUGUGUCUACUAGGUUCCCUCAUUAUCGUGCUGCACGCGCCAGAAGACCGACCCAUCGAAACCGUCGACGAAAUCCUCCACUAUGCCAUCCAACCCGGGUUCCUCAUGUAUUGCUUCACCGUGCUCUUGGUCACCCUCCUCAUGAUCUUCGUCGUCUCGCCCAAACACGGGCGCUCAAACCCAAUCGUCUACAUUACCAUUUGCUCGCUCGUCGGCUCGAUCUCGGUCAUGGCCAUCAAAGGCUUCGGAAAGGCGAUCCAGCUCACGCUCAACGGCAACAACCAGUUCACGCAUCCUAGCACCUACGUAUUCGGAAUCAUCGUUCCAACCUGUAUCAUUAUUCAAAUGAACUACUUCAACAAGGCGUUGGACACGUUCUCGACUAACGUCGUCAACCCAAUGUACUACGUCGGCUUCUCAAGCGCAACCAUCCUUGCAUCCCUCAUCCUCUUCCAAGGCUUGUACAACACCAGCACAAGCACGGGCGUUUCGCUCGUCACCGGCUUCGUGAUCACCUUCCUGGGCGUUCACCUCCUCAACUACUCCCGCGCACCCGAACCCCAGCAUCCAGACCACAGCGCUCUCGAAGGCGGACUGAUGAACCCUCGACUAAGCCUCCAAGGCCGCAUGUCCAUCGACGGGUGGGCCGACACCGGCCGUGCAGGCCACGGCCGCCGCAGCUCGCUCUACCGCUCUCAAGGAAACACCCUCUUCAAUGCUUUCGACGAACACGAUGACGUAGCUGGGAAUGGCGAGGUGGUUGGGUUGAGACGGUUAAGAGAGGAAGACGAGGAAGAGUCGGACGACGAUGUCGCGCUGGACUAUGACGAGCGCAGUCAUCUGAGGUCCAAACCCCCCGCUCUCCAACAAUCAUCGAGCAAUCAUGGUUCCAGAAGCCAAAGCCGUUCACCAAUUAACCCAUCGUUGACCGAUGUGCGUAUACCUCGUUAA